AUGACCACCAAAUUCCGUGCACCUGAAUUUAUUCUACUAAGUAUCUCGGUAAUUUCUGCAGGUAUCGCUGUUACAUUAGCGAGUGUAGGUGUGGGUUCAGCUAAUUGGCAAACAACAACGACGACGGAUGUCAACGGACGAAUCUAUACAAGUAAUAUCGCAAAUUUCUUUUAUGCUUGUCGUUUGAAUCAAGCAGGUAAUACUCAAUGCGGACAGCGAAGUAGCGAUGAUAAUAAUAUACAAUAUUAUACGAUUAAUGCAACAGGAAACACGGAUAUAUGGAAUUUCCAUUUGAGUUUUGCUUCUGCUUUGACUAUUAUUGGUAUUGUAUUUAUUUUUAUUGGAGGUGUUGCCAGUUUAUUAAUGAUCUUGGGUGAUCGCAUGCCGUGGAUGUUUUUCGUCGCACCGAUGUUUCUUUUUCUCGCUUGUCUUUUCAUGCUUGCAGGUCUGGCUGAAGGUUCACGUGUGUUGAAGUUUAACGAUUAUGCAGCGUAUUUAUAUGAAACAGGACAUGUGAUAACGAUAUUUAGUUGUAUGACAAGUGCUUUUUUAGGUGGCCGUCUGUUUGAUCCGCCUGUGGAAAGUAAAAGCUCGAAGAAAUUAAAAAAACCGAAAGCAUCGUAUCGAUAA